AUGUCAUUUGUAUUGGCCCUGCUGGGCCUGGUCUCGUUGACCUCCGCCGCGUCAACGGCCGACUGGAAGCCAAGAGCCGUGUACCAGACCAUGACAGAUCGUUUUGCCCGCACUGAUAAUUCGACAACUUCUCCCUGCAGUACCGAGGAUGGCCUCUAUUGUGGAGGUACCUGGAGGGGAACAAUUAAUCAGCUCGACUACAUUGAAGGCAUGGGCUUCGAUGCCGUCAUGAUUUCACCUAUCAUCGACAACAUCAAAGGUCGCGUGUCAUACGGUGAAGCCUACCAUGGAUACUGGCCAGUCAACUUCAACGCCCUCAACGCACGUUUCGGUACGCACCAGGAUCUGCUCGAUCUCAGUGAUGCCGUCCACGCCCGUGGUAUGUAUCUGAUGAUGGAUACGGUGAUCAACAACAUGGCCCAAAUCAUUCCCAACGGCACCGACCCACGAAAGGAACUUGACUACUCAGUCUUCGACCCUUUCAACAACAAGGACUACUUUCACCCUUACUGCAAAAUUACGGACUGGAACAAUUUCACCGACGCCCAACUCUGUCAGACUGGUGAUCUCAACGUCCCACUUCCAGAUCUCUAUACCGAACAUGAAGAUGUUCAAACCCUUCUCAUCAACUGGGCCAAGAAUGCUAUCAAGACAUAUUCCAUUGACGGCCUUCGUAUCGAUGCUGCAAAGCACGUCAGUGCCCCGUUCCUGAAGGCAUUUACCGACGCUAUCGGUGUAUUCAGUACUGGAGAGGUUCUUGAAGGUGCUACAAGCAUCAUCUCGAAUUACCAGAAGAACUACAUCGGUAGUAUGCCAAAUUACCCAAUCUACUUCCAAAUGUUGCAGGCCUUUACGAUGGGAAACACUAGUGUAUUAGCCCUCGAGGUGGAGGCCAUGAAACAGGCUUGUCCAGAUGUCAACGCUCUGGUUUCUUUCUCCGAGAAUCACGAUAAGCCUCGUAUUGGCAGCAUGUCUAAUGAUACGGCGACCGCCAAAAACGUCCUGGUCUUCACACUCCUCUUCGACGGGAUUCCCAUGAUUUACCAAGGUCAAGAACAACACCUCAAAGGAGCCGAUCCACCAUACGACCGAGAAGCCAUCUGGCUCACAAAAUACAACACCGACUCGGAGCUCUACCAACUAAUCGCCAAACUCAACAAACUCCGCAAACAUGUCAACGCGCUUGGCAGUGACUACUUUGAUCAACCCACACAUACUGUCUAUCAAGGCGCUAGUGAACUCGCCUUCUCGAAAGGUGUCGAAGGUCGACAAGUCAUCAUGAUGCUCUCAACGCAAGGUUCGGAAAGUGGCGCCUACAACGUGGCUCUAAGCAACAGUUACAACGCCGGUACCGAAGUCAUGGAAAUUCUCAAUUGCAAAACCUACACACCGGAUGACUAUGGCUCCAUUACUGUGAAUAUGGACAAGGGCGAGCCUCGAGUGUUCUGGCCUACGAAAUUCAUGGAUGGCAGUGGUCUUUGUGGUUACGAGAACAAGAAUGUUACCUUGGCCCAGUUGAAGAAUGGCGUGGCCUCUUCUGCUUCCUCGUUUAUCGCAUCCACAUCACUCACUACGGCGUGGGCCUCUCUGUGUCUGGCAUUGACGAGUAUUGUGAUGAUCAUUUGA